AUGCGGUCAGCGGUGGGGCCUCCUUGCUGUUCUCGAGGCCAGGGCCACCGAGGAGGGUGCCCCCAGGGGCCUGCCUGGCUGCGGCAUCGGCUCCGUGCCAGCAGGGUGCAGUGUGGUGACCCAAAACCUGGAGUCAGAGCACAGCGCAGGCAGCUCACCUGCCAUCCAGGGCAUCGACAUUUAACUCGAUUUGGAUCGGCCCUCCCCCCCCAUCAGUCCGCCUUAGCACUACCACCCCUGGACUCACCGACCAGCAUGAUGGCUGGACGGCUGCUCCCGGAGCAUGAAGGUGCCGAGGUCAAGGGAUUUGCUGUUGUAAGAGCAGCCCCUGAUAAGGAGCUGGCCUGUGAAUCGGAGGGCGGAGGGCGAGGACAAAUCCCAAGGCUCAAGAUAACAGUGACAGAAGAAUCUGGGUCUGAAGACAUCAACAGCACAUUAGCUAAUCCUGGAACCGCCCAACUUCCAGAUUCCUUAAUACGUUCUUUCAUCAUUUACUGCCAAACAGAUCAGAACAAAGCAAUCCCAAACAAACACCCAGCCCUGGGCUCUAGUCUGUGGCAGUGUGAGUCCCUCCUGGACCUGCACCCCUAG